AUGGUAACACUGUUCCAUGAUAUGAUGCAUAAGGAGUUAGAAGUAUAUGUGGAUGACAUGAUUGCAAAAUCUAAAACAGAAGAGGAACAUGUGCAGGUCCUCAAGAAAUUAUUUAUAAGGUUGAGAAAAUUUCAGCUAAAGCUAAAUCCAUCGAAAUGCACAUUCGGGGUUAGAUCAGGAAAAUUGCUGGGGUUCGUGGUCAGUGAAAGAGGAAUUGAGAUUGAUCCUGACAAAGUAAAGUUAACCGAGAAAUGUGACCCCAUAUUUCACCUUCUUAAGAAACGCAAUCCAGGUGUAUGGGAUGAGGAGUUAUUUGAAAAUUCCAUGGGAUGCGUGCUUGGCCAACAUGAUGACUCAGGACGAAAAGAAAGAGCAAUUUACUAUCUCAGUAAGAAGUUCACCGAGUGCGAAACAAGAUAUUCGCCAAUUGAGAAGCUAUGUUUUGCCCUGAUUUGGACAACUCGUAGACUGAGACAGUACAUGUUGUACCAUACAACCUGGUUGAUUUCUAAACUAGAUCCUUUGAAAUACAUGAUGGAAUCGACCGCUCUGAAUGGGAGAAUGGCCCGAUGGCAAAUUCUUCUAUCUGAAUUUGAUAUAGUCUAUGUGAACCAGAAGGCGGUAAAAGGGAGUGCAAUAGCAGAUUUCCUGGCAAGUAGAGCUCUGGAAGAUUACAAGCCACUAAACUUUGAUUUCCUAAAUGAGGAUUUGAUGUAUGUUGUAACUACAGAAAAAGAUUUUCAAAAAGGUGGUCCUUGGAAGCUGAACUUUGACGGAGCUUCAAAUGCUGUAGGCAACGAAAUUGGGGCAGUCCUCGUGUCCCCUAGUGGAGAUCAUUAUCCUUUCACUACCAUAGAGCGGAAAAUUAAGGUGCUAGAGGUAUACGAAGACUCUGCGUUAGUAAUUUACAAGCUCAAAGGGGAAUGGGAAACAAGAGACCCGAAGCUAGUCCGCUAUCAAAAUUUGGUCUUGGAAUUGAUUGAGGAAUUUGACAGUGUCACCUUUUGUUAUCUCCCACGAGAUGAAAACCAGAUGGCAGAUGCUUUGGCAACUCUAGCCUCUAUGUUUAAAGUGAACAAACCAGAAGAUAUGAAGCCUAUUCAGAUUAGCAUUCAUGAAGAGGAAAAGGAUGAUCACCCCUGGUAUAAUGACAUAUUGCGAUAUGUAAAAAGUCGUGAGUACCCAGACCAUGCGACGGAAAAUGAUAAAAGGACAUUAAGGAGAUUAGCCAUUGAUUACGUCCUAGAUGGGGAGAUCUUGUAUAAAAAGGGAAAAGAUCAAGUAUUGUUGAGAUGUGUGGAUGCUGUCGAAGCCAAGAAAAUUUUGGAAGAAGUGCAUGAAGAUGCACGCACCACCUUCACCCCUUCACGUUAUGGUUUCUCCAAGGCCUUUCUCUAUGUGGGGAAUGGAUGUUAUUGGGUCAAUAUCUCCAAAGGCUUCUAA